AUGGCCGAUCUCGAGCGCACAGUCCUUGAUUUUUACCAAAUCUCGACACUCAACCCUGUUCAAUGGCCGAGCGAGAAGGACAAUGAAAGCGAUGCGUCUGGCGAUGAAUCAGUCAAAAAGAAGGCCAACAGGAGGAAGUCAAGGUACCAGGCUCUGGAAAGGGCCGUGAGUACCAGAAGCAGUAUCGUACCGGGAUCUGAGAACUCGGGCAGCGGCGUUAGCAACUUGGUGCAGAAGGACGAGCCGGAUCCCCUGGGCACCACCGAGAGCGUCGUGCGGACGCUUAAGCAUUUAGGAGUCCCACUGCAGGAUGACUUGCGUCUUCGCAACCGGUUCCUCCUCUCCUCGACAACCUUCUCGCCUGCACUGUUCCUCUCCCAAAUGCAUGCGACAGCCGACACCCAAUCCCUUAUAAGCGGCCUCGAUGUUCUUUCCAAGUCAAUCGAUCAGAAGUCGGCAUCUCUCAAGGUGCUCGUGGAAUCCAACUUUGAGCGCUUCGUCCGCGCCAAAGCGACCAUCGACAAUGUCUACAAGGAGAUGAAAUACCGCGGCGCGGAUCCUGCACCUCCACGUGCCAGAGCCCAUUCCCGCCAUGCGAGCAGGAGUAGUUUCCGGAGUACCAGCGGACCCCCGCCUCUCACCAGUCCGCACACGCCCGCGAUGGAUCCCCGCAAGAAGAAUGCGCUAAUCAAAGAGAGCGAGUAUGGUGUUUUGGGGGUGAAGGCGCCAUUGCUGGACGUUUCGGCAAAGGCGGAGGAAGUUUGGGGCCCUGCGCUCGGAGGGAGAGAGAAAGAAGAGCAUCUAAAGACGGUGGCCUCCUCGCUCGACCAGUACAAGGAAUACGUGGAGACGAGCGCAGCAAUAGCGGACUGCAUCAAACGCAAGGACCACGAAACGCUGGUUGAAGAGUACAUAAAAGCAAGGAAAUUUGCGGAUGAGGCAAAGCUGCUGGCCGAGGAGUUGAAAUCGUCGCAGCCUACCGACGACCAGCUGUACCGGGUUCUAUUAGCAGCACGGAUGUGGCACGAUGUUGAUGAGCAGAUUCAGGUUCUCAAGCGAGACGUAUGGCGAAGGCUCAUAUCUCCUUACAAUAUGGCCAAGGCGGAAACACCAGGACAACGCGAGGACGACCAGCACAUGGAGCUGAUCACGCUUCUUCUGGAGCUAGGGGUUGAGGACAACCCCAUUUGGGUCUGGCUACUGAGCCGCUACGAUUAUCUGAAGAGCAAGAUUCAAUCCACGGCUGAUCGGUCCAAAGUGGAAAUUGAGAUCCUGCGGCGGCGACUGGCGAACGCCGAGAAACCAAAUCCUGAGACCAUAGCAUCGCACAUGCGGACCCUUGGACGGCAGUCCAUCGAGACAAUGUCGAAAACAUUCGACUCUGCGGAUGUCAUCGAACUUUGGGAGAUGAACGUUGGCUUCUUGAGCAACCUACUUUCGCCCCAGGGUAUCCUAGGUGAGGUACUCGAGUUUUGGCAAACCGUACAAGGCUUCAUGGAGGGCAAGACGCAGAAGAGCAUGCCGCUUGGCUAUCAGGGGGAAUCUGAGAACCACCACCGGCUUUCCCUGCAAGGCACAACAGACCUCCAAAAGGGCACCGUGGAAUUGGUCAGUAUGAUACGCGACAAUGUUCUUCUAUUCUUUGCCGGCCCGCCGCCAGAGGACAUCUCACUGCUCUUUUCCCCAAUGCCGCCGCAGUCCCCAGGGACACCGGCUGCCACCUCUAUUUCCGGCUCUCUCACACCACGAGACCCCCGCUUCAAUCUCGACCCGAACAACCCACCGCCCCCUUCGCCUAAGAGAGGGGAAGCCUGGGAGAAAUUUGCAUUCUGGCCGCCUUGGUCAAACUCUCUGAGUGGCGUGCAUUUCUUGUCCAAGAUGCUGGCACUCGUGGGAAGUGGGGCGUCAGACAUGGCAUCCAUCAGUCCUGUGGGUAAGGGUGAUGUUGCUGAAGUAGAGCGGGUCAAGGCAUUAGUGGGCGCUUCCAGGGAGAGGUGCGUUACCGCACUCUGUGCUGCGUGGAACAGGGAUGCGGAGAACAUCAAAUGCCGACCAGCUUCGCCGCAUUUGAGGGUGCGCUUCUCAGUGGCAUGCAGAAGAUCCUCCUACAUCUCUGAAGCCAUGUCGAGGCCGGGGGCUGGGGAUAUUGUCCUCCCUCCGCCGACGAAGCUGCUGCAGAUGGUGCGGAGCCAGUACGUGACCACUCUCUACAAGGCUCUAAGCGGGAUGGUCGAGAACGCCGAGCGGUUCCCCAAAAAGACCGACGACGAGUGGACUGUCGAGGUUGACGGCUACGCGCCGGUGAGCAACCCGACGAUCACCCAGCUCUCAGCAUCAACACUGGGCGGGGGCACAAUAGAUGCAGCUGAUAGGAACGUCCGCAUGCUCCUAACCCUCAGCAACCUCCAAGCCCUUCGGUCAACCGUAGUCCCCUCUCUCAACACCCAGUUCGAAAACGCCUUCUCCGUCAAACUCACCGACGAAACCAAAACCAUCCGCGACGUGCUCAGCCAAAUCGACGCCCGCCUCUUCCAGUCCUACACGCGCCCCGCCAUCGAGACCCUCCGACGCAUCAUCCGGGCCGGCGUCUCCGCCCCGGACUGGGCCCCACCCGCCGGCAGCAAGCCGCGCUCCGUGCGCCCCUACGUCUACGAGGCCCUGCUCGGCCUCGUGCUCGUGCACACGCAGGUGUCCACCACGGCGUCCUCGCUCACCAGCGAGGUGCUCUCGUACCUGCUGGAGCAGGGGUCGCGGGAGCUGCUGGACGCGUUCCGGGCGCGGCCGCGCUACGACCUGGAGGCGCUGAUGCAGGCGACGCUGGACGUCGAGUUCGUGGCGCAGACGCUGGGCCACUACACGACGGACCGGGCGUCGGAGCUGCAGAGCGCCAUCUACCAGGAGCUCGACGGGCGCACCGACAACGACGCCCGCGCCCGCCUGCAGGCCGAGCUGCCCGAGAUGCGUGCCGUGCUGAAGCGGCUGCGCGAGGCGAGCAAAGGGGAGUUUGCCUGCUUUAGGAAGCCCAAGAGGGCGGCUGCUGCUGCUGGGGGCGCGGCGCCUGGGCCUGGAGCUUUGGAGAGGAGGGACACGGGGGGCAGCGUGGGGAGUGAUCGGGAGAGGUGA